UGUGCUGUGUGUGGCCUCCUCCAUCGGCCAUCGCCUUCGCCUCGGCACCCACCCGAGGCAGUCUACCAGUCGCAAAGCAAAGCAAAGGAAAGGAAAGGAGGGAGCUUUGCUGCUGCUGGCCCGAGUGGCUCGCCACCGCCUGACCUGACCGCCUGAGCCGGGCAUUUGGGCGUCCCACCCCCGCGCGGGAGGAGAGCCAAAAGAGAGAAAAAGCGGCGCCUCAUCACGGUCGGGUCGCCCGCCUCCUCGGCCUCUUCUUCUCCCUCCCGCUUCCUGUCUCUGCGUCGCCUUGCGGUUGUGCGCACCUGGUCCUUUCUCGGUUUCCUCUCCACCCGUCCUCCUUUUUUUUUUUUCUUCCCCGCCCGCUCUUGGCAUCUUGCUCUCCGGCCUCUUCCUUGCCGUGCUCACCCUUCUUGAGCAUUGCUCCUCUGUUCGUUCCCCGCCGAGCGCGGCCGCUUCACGUUCCCUUGGUUCCACCCACCGCCUUGUAUGCGUCCGGCGCGGCGGCGGCGGCGGUUGGUGCUGUGACUGUGAGCGACUCGCGGCGGGGCGAGGGAUUCCGUCGUGCUUAGCUCAGACCUCAGGGGGCCGGCGGCAUUGUGCAUGGAGGGUGAGGAGGACGGCUCCGGCUCCGGCUCCGGCUCCGCGGCGCAGCGCCCGCCGCCGCCUCCUCCGCGGCCGCCGCAGCAGCAGCAGAUACGGGUGGUGCGGUGCCCCAAGUGCGACAAGCUCCUGCCGGAGCUGCCCAAUUACUCCGUCUACGUCUGCGGCGGUUGCGGCGCCACGCUACAAGCAAAGAAGAACUCAGGAUCUGAUGCUUCUUCAGACACUGAGCAUGUGAAGUACCUUGAAGUUCUUGAGAGUUUACCAGAUAAGAAAGGAGCAGCAUCUGAAGCUAGUUGUGCUGUUCGAGAAGCAGACACCAAUACAAUCGAAGCUAGGUCAGAAGAGAGAUUUGUACCCAACAGAAUGGUGGCGGCUGCACAUAGCCAAUCUGGAUUCAGUUUCGAUGAUAACCAAACUACUUGUGCACCCAGCUGCACCAUGAAGCUUGAACCUGCUAUCAGAGAUGACAACAGGGAAGUUCGGGAGGCAAAAUACCGCCGCAUUCGUUAUGAAGAGAAAGGAGAAGCCAAGCAGCCAGUGAGGGUAAGAGACAGAUCACCAAGGCCUGUGGUUAACAGCAUCCCUUCUAAUGCUUACUCUGUAGAAGGGCCAUCUGAGUGUCAAAUGAAACCGGGAUUCAUAUUUGCUAAUGGUGAGAAGGGCCAUCUGAGUGACAGGAAUUCAGAUAGUCCUAGCACCAGAGUUAGUGGCCUUGAGAAAGACCGUACUGAGCUUCUGCGGAUGCUUGAUGAGUUGCGGGACCAGGUACAGAGAUCCUGUGAGAUUGCUGACAAGUCAAGUGUGAAUGCUUCGGCAAAUAGAAUGGUGGAUCCUGCAAGCUCCUACAAUCCUCAUGAGCGUCUGAGUCGAUUGCGGUAUGGUUCACCUCAGUUGCAAAGGAAUGGUUCUCAGCACUCACCUUCUUUGAAUGGGCAGGCGCCUGUUGUUCCUCCUGCUUAUCCUUCAGUACCUGUACAGCAAGAUCUCCAUGGAUACGGGGAAUCGGUUGCACACAUGGGAGCUCCUAGCUACCCAGCCGCUCCAUAUCCAUGGAGAAACUUUGAUAAUUAUUUCCAUGGACAGUAUGAUCCUGACCCUCUGAUCUCUUAUCACCAUGACGGCUUCUAUCAUCAGCCUGCUUGCUCUUGUUUACAUUGUUACCAUCGUGAAUUCUUACCUGUUCAUGGAGCUCCACUGGGUUUCAACCAUCGCAGGGCACCGUAUCUUAUGAACAAUCCUAGCUUGUACCCUGUAGAAGGCCCAGUUGUAUUUGGUGCACAGAACUACAAUUCAAGAGGUAUGAAUGGUAUGAUGCGACGCAAUCACAUGAGGGCCACCCUGAGUAAAAAACCUGCACAGACUUGUGAGCCAAUUGUCAAUGGUGCCCCUUUUACCAUAUGCUACAAUUGCUAUGAAGUGCUGCAGCUUCCCAAGAAUUCUCUCUUGUUGGGAAAAGAUGAGUAUAAGCUGCGCUGUGGGUCCUGCUCACAUGCGAUAGUGGUCAGACUUGAUGGAAGCAGGCUUGAUGUUUCAGCACCUACACCAGUUUCACACUUAUCACCUGGAAGUAAAAAUUUCUCUAACAAUGGCCAAGGAAGCAAUGGACAAAAUGCUGAUGGAAGACUUCUUCCAUCUUAUAGUUUUUCUGUAGGCAGUCAUUGCUCUCAAGAAAAAGAUUUACCAUCGAAUUCAAGUGAAGCAGACAAAAUGCAAUGCAUAUCAUCUUCUGCCAGCAUUUCCGAUGAUGAUAAUAGCCCAGAUAGAUCUAACUCACAGAAGAACUCCUGUGGUUCUAGAGACCUUCCUCCUGAUGCUGAAGUGGUUAUCCGUGUUCCAAGCUUACCUCUUCGUGAUCACUUUGGAUACUCGCCAUCAGAGAGGGUGGUUGAUGGGUCAGGCAAAGGAAGCAGAAGUACCCGGUCUGAACAUGAAAAGGGUGUGUUAACUGAAAGUUUUAAGCCAAACAAAGUGAAAGAUGUACCUGUAGCAAGCGUGCUAGACCCAUCAGAUGACGAGUAUGAUGAUCCUGAGUACGGUCAAGAUCCAGGUGAUGGGGCACAAUAUGUUGACCACCCGAGGGCCACAAAAUCAGGCGAUUCCUUUUUCUCCAGCCUGAUAAAGAAGAGCUUUAAAAUUAAUGGUGGAAUGGGCAAUGGCAGAGCAAAGGUUUUCAUCAAUGGCUAUCCCAUUUCUGACCGUGCUGUCAGGAAGGCGGAGAAGAUUGCUGGACCAAUCUAUCCUGGUGAAUACUGGUAUGACUAUCGUGCUGGAUUCUGGGGUGUUAUGGGACAGCCCUGCCUUGGCAUGAUACCUCCAUAUAUUGCGGAAUUUAACUAUCCUAUGCCUAAGAACUGUGCUGGCGGAAACACUGGCGUGUUCAUCAAUGGCCGAGAACUUCACCAGAAGGACUUGGAUUUACUUGUGGGUCGAGGGCUUCCCGAUUCUCCUGAUAGAUCAUACAGAGUUGAGAUUUCUGGUAAAGUAUCCGACGAAGUAUCUGGUGAAGAGCUUUAUUGCCUUGGCAAACUUGCACCAACGGUGGAGAAGAUGAAGCGUGGGUUCGGGAUGCGAGUCCCAAGGAUCAUUCAGUGAAAUUGGUUCGCAUCAAGAAGCAGAGGCUCUGAAAUUUGUGUGCCGCCACGCCUUUGUGGUAUAGAUUGCUAAUGUAACCCUCUGCCUGGAAUCGUUGCAUGUCGUAGAGGUUGUUUUGAUCGAGAGUGUCAUGGUGUGACCAUGUAAUUUUGUCUGUGGAUUGUUGAAGCUUCUCAAUGCAAGUUUUCUGUUGUGUAUGUUGUCUAUGAACUCCCUUAUCUAAAAAAAAAAUGUAGCUAUGAACUUUACUGCUCC